AUUACGUGUUAGCGGUAAAUUAUACGAAGGGGAGCAAGAAAAAUUACUACUACUAUUUACACAGCAAGCCAGUUCUUACACUAGUCCCCUAUUGCUUUCCCCCAAAUUGAAAUCUCUCUCGAUCUGCAGAAUCUCUUCACAAGGUUUGUGUAAGUUAGGGUAAAGGAUCAAUCAACAUGACUAGUACUGCGUGUUUUAUGAUUGUGAGCCGAAACGACAUUCCUAUAUACGAAGCUGAAGUCGGUGCUGCCCCUAAAAAAGAAGAGGCUGUCCAUCAGCACCAGUUCAUAUUGCAUGCUGCACUGGAUAUUGUCCAGGACAUUGCAUGGACAACAAGUGCUAUGUUUCUGAAAUCAAUUGACAGGUUCAAUGAUUUGGUCGUUUCGGUAUACGUGACUGCUGGUCAUACGCGAUUGAUGCUGCUGCAUGACUCAAGGAAUGAUGAUGGAAUCAAAAGCUUCUUUCAAGAGGUUCAUGAAUUAUAUAUCAAGAGUCUUCUGAAUCCCUUGUAUCUUCCUGGAUCUCGCAUUAAAUCGUCUCAUUUUGAUACAAAAGUUCGUGCUCUUGCAAGAAAAUAUUUGUGAGGCCCGGUUGCCAUGUACUGUAAGAAACCAGUUUCUUUGAUUCUUAUGCCUUUUAUUUGUAGCGAACAAUAUAAAUAGUGAAAUACUUCUUUUAAGCUUCCAUUAAAACUUUGCUAUUCUAGCUUUUUUUGGUCA